AUGUCCCUGGAAGAAGAUUUUCCAUUGUUCUCCAAUCCAAAGAUUGAGAGAUCUCUAAGCUAUGAAGCAAAGGAAGCAUUCCUUGCAGCUCUUGUUAGUGAAGAAAGCCAAGUUCAAACUGCAGGUCGCGCAGAGUGGAUUGACAAAGGUCACAAGAAGUGUCUCAUCCUUUGGCUGCGGAUUCAAGAUUGGGCUAACUACAUAUUAGACUUUGUUAAGGAAAAUGGGUUGGAAGUAACAACAAUUGAAGAUAUACGCUCUGGAAUUGAAACACAUGGGACCGAACUUGCUGGAAUUGAUCGCGGUGUCCUGAUGCGAGCUUUGAGGCUGUUGGAACAAAAGGGAAAGGCGGUUAUCUUUAAGGGCACUUCAGCGGACGAUGAAGGCGUCAAAUUUUCUGUUUAAACUUUGUGCCAACUAACUGAUGGAUAAUAAUCUUGAUGGGUGUCCUGGAACAUGAUACAUCCCCUCUUAUCUGUACGUAUGUACGUACGUACACUGAUGACAUCCUUCUGUUCGGCAUCGUUCAAAUGUCAGUUAGUAUUUAUUUCUCGUCCAGGACUGU